AAAAUAUUUAACUGACCAUCUUGUUUUCAAUGCUUCAUUUCUCUAUCGGAGACAAUUUGAUGCAGUUGUUUUGCUUUACAAGUGGUCAUUCACGGUUUUCUAUGGAAAAAUUAAAACUUUACAACAGUGUAAAAAUACAACAGCAACUGUAAAAACAUUGAAAAAUAAAAACAACAAUAACCGAAUCGGCUCAUGAUGAACGACACAUCAGUUUUCGUACAACAUUCAUCGAAUUUUCAGUUCCUAUCUAUUUGUCACUACAUUACCACUCUCGGAGUUAUCUUUUAUAACAAAGGCCUAAUUACGUUGAAGCAGCGAAAUCAAACUGUCCCUGUACUCAAUACUUAUUUUCAAUACCUUCAUAAUUCCAACAAUGUAUCCGAGAAAAAACUCCAACUUCUAAAAAAUGUACUAAUAGGAACUGAUCUCUAUGGUGGCGGCGAAAAUGAAACACUCGAUUUGAAAUAUGUAAAUGAAACAUACCAGUACAUCUUAAACACUGCUCUCUUUUCUCACUAUGGACAUAUUACCGGAUAUUUAGCAGGUAUAAUCAACAAGGCAGAUAAUACAUCUUAUUCCAAACUUAUGAAAACCAUAAAGCAGGAACUCUUUAACAAUUACACCAGUAUAGAUUACUGUUUAAAAACAAACAAAAGCAAAAAACUCACUUUUUUGUCUGCUAAAAAAGUGUUUUUUGAAUAUAUACUGCCAAUAUUUCCCGAGCCAGAAAAUAAAGAUAUGAACAUAAUGGAAGUGGAUUAUUUAUACGCAAUGGCUGGUUUAAAAAUUGUCAAAUCCAUACUUGGAGAAACUCUAAACGCUUCGUUUGGUGAUUUAAUUUCAAUUACACGAGAGUUUGAUUUACAAGAGGCUUACGGUAACGAAACUUAUGAAAUAAUGUUAGCAGCUUUUUCAACACCGGCACUAUUUUUUUACGCCUCUAAGGAAAAAGAAACAUUCAGAGAGAAAUAUCAAACUUUGUUUAAUGCAGAAUUUUGGAAUGAAGUUUAUGAAAAUUUAUUUUCAAAUAUUAAUUUAGAAAUGAAUAAAAUUGAAAAUCAUUAUUUUGAAAACAACCUUUAUUACAAACUCGAAAAGGAAAUAAAAGAAUUAAAAAAUCGAAGAUUAUUGGCAACAACUAUACUAGAGAAACAUUGUAACUAUUCUGGUUUUAAAGAACAUGAAAAUGAAUAUGUGACAAACUAUAUGUCAUAUUAUCAUUUCUUUAUAAAAAUAAGUGUUCCUUCUGGUUGUUCCGUAAAAAAUCUACCCGAAUUGAAAGUUGUUUAUGAGAAACAGUUUGAAAAUGUAAGAAAGACAAAAUAUGAAAUUGAAAAGAUUGCAAUAAGAAAAGUUUUAAAUGACAGUAAAGUAAUAGAAAAAUUAGACUCAAAAUCUAUUGUUAGUGAUGCAAAAGCGAAAGAUUAUCCAAUGUACAUGGCGAACAUGCCACCUAUGGCAAGUAAAAUAAACCCCAAAGUAUACCUACUGUUUGCAAUUAAAGAAGAAGGAAAAACAGAUUUUUAUGCCAUUAUAGAUAACGAUAAUGUUUUGUCAUUACUCGUAAGAAGUGAUAACAAACAAGAGUUUGGUAAUGUAAUUGCUAAUGAUCCAUAUACAGAAAUGGAAAUAAAUAUAAUUGCCAAUGAUUUGAAAUUCGCUCAUGAAGAUAGCGAAGCAUUUAUUGAAAGGAUUGCCGAAAUAAAGACAAGACAAUUUGUAAAUAAGCUAAUGGUCGACUAUAAAAAUGAAACUACAAAAGAGAAGGUUUUUAAUUUUCUAAAAAUACUUGUACCAUUUUACAAUUGUAUUGAAAGCGUAAAAGCGGAUAGCAAAACUGGAGCCGCAAUAAGCUGUCCUUCAGAUGUUCUCACCUUACUUCCUGUAGAAAGUCUUGCCACAAAAUACGCAACAAAAAUGAGCGACAACUUUGUAAUUGGAUUAAGCGAAAAAUAUUUAAUUAGAAGUACUUUUGCAAGUACAGCAAGUGCCAGUAGAUUAACUUCAUUAUAUCAAGUUUCAAAAGUGUUGGCGAGAUCCGUUUCGCAGGAAAUUUUUACCAAGCACCUGUUAAAAGAUUUAUCUAUUACCUUCCUACGAGUUAUAGAUCCUGGAAUUGAAUCAAUCAACAACUUAGGCAAGUUUGGCUACCAAAAAUUGCACAAGAUAUAUAACACUAUGAUUAAAAAAAUUCCAAAAAAUACAAAUCUAAAAUUGUUAUUAACAACUGUGUUAAAAAAGCUUAAUACGAAUAUGAAACUGUCAACAUUUAAUGGUCUGAUACCAAAGGUUCUGAGAGACGAGAAUAAUUAUAAACUCGUUCAAUACUAUUAUCCGAACGGUGAAAAUUUCUUUGGACCCACAUGCAUAUCAUCAUUUGGAAAUACUGCAGAACUAAGAACCAUUGAAGGCAAUCCGUUUCAAGUUCCCGUGUUGCCAACAAAAGAUGACAUAAACAAAAUUUUCUAUCGUGAAUAUAUUCCAGCAACUACUGAAAUUUCGAAUGUGAAACUGGAAAUGGGAGAAAAUGAUCUACUCCGAAGUGACUUACCUUAUCUUAAUGCAGAUACGAAAAUAAUACCUACUUAUAAAGUUAUUCCCGAAACUUCAAAGGGAUCUGGAGACCUUUAUUCUAAGGAAAGUUUGACAAAUAUUGAUGUGUCUGGAAUGGAAAGACAUGAGAUUAUUCGAAAACUUAUUCCUUAUCUUAAUUUAGAUGAAGACAGGAAAAUAAUAAAAGAUUAUAUAGUUUAUCAUAAUACGAAUGAAUGGAAUAAGACGCCAAUGAAUCCAGAUACGUCACAAGGAAACGUGCCAAGUGAAUUACAAAGUGAUAACAUUCCGUCAACUUCAAGGCUAUCUGAAGGAUUGGUUCAAAGUAACUUCAAAUCUACACUUUGGUAUGGAGAAAAUAAUUAUCGUGAAAUGUUAUUAUCUUUAGAAGACUUAAAACCUAAAAAUUGGGCUGAUUUAUACAAAAAGAAAGAAAGAUUAAUAAUGUUACAAAAGAAUAUCGAGAAAAUACGUUGGAAUCAAGACAGGGUGUUUCAUGAAAUGCCAAAAGAACUAUGGUUUAAACAAACAUUAAACAGACCCUAUAUUGUUAAGUAUUUGGAGCAAAUGAAAGGACAGGAUUUUUAUUUCAAUGAUAUUACCCUAUUGACAGAUAUUCGUCCAAGUGAAAUUAAUCUUGUUAAUAAAAAAUCAUACUCCUUAACAACAGAAAUUCGUUAUCACAUGACAAUUGAUUCUCAAUAUGGACUUGUUGAUUUGGCUGAAUUUGAUAAGAGUUGGAAAAACCAAUUUGUUGUUUUUCCAGAACUCGAAUUUCACGUAGUAAAUGCUGAAUUCAAAAAUGGAAAGGAUUUCUUACUUUUAGAACUAAAACAAAAGCCAAUAUUGAAAUCAAAUUGGCAAAUACAAAGACUGCAGAAUAGACUUUCACUGAAUAAUAAAGAAGUAAAUACAUAUCCAAGAAGUGUAAAUAUCGAGAAUGCGGCUAAUCUUAUCUCAUUAAACAUUCCUCUGCGUAGAGUAACUGAAAGGGAAAAAUUCUUAAAAAGUUACAUUUUAAGAAUUGAUCCAAUUGAAACUCGUGUUCCUACUUAUGAAAUGUUGGCAGGUGAUAUAAAUGCAGGUAUAAUACCUUCUGAAAGAUUUAACGAAUGGAAAAUAACAAAUCACAUUUUUAUUGAUGAUGUUCUAUUUGAAGAAUCUGCAUAUCAGGUUAAAAAUUUGGAAAUUGCAGAACAAACUAUAAAUUAUAUUUUUGAUGAGACUCAUUUACAGAAUGUUGAAACUGUGUAUGAAAUGUAUAAGUUACUUUCAAUUUGGCAAAGUAUGCGAUUUGAGGAUUAUUAUGUACUGUAUUCACAUUUGUCAAAAACUUUACCAAAAAAUUUACAUGCACAAAGAUGUCUUUCAGCAGCACUAAACAGAUUGGCCCUUAGACAGUGUGAUAAUAAAUUUAUUAAAAUUCCAAACAUACUUUAUGGUGCUUGCCCAGUAAAUAGCAAAAUUUGGCAAGAAAUGUUAUCAAUUAAAAAAUUUCGUAAGAAAUUGAAAGCAAAUAAUGUGCUUGUUUAUUCUAAUGCUGAAGAUGCUAUAAAAAAUGUUCGCUUGACUACUGAAUUAAACCUAUUCCUAUUGAUUAAAUAUGAAUUUAAAAAUCCAUCUGGAAUAGUGUACAUUGAUCCUAAUUAUUUCGAAGUUCCAAAGGAAGUGUAUUAUAUUCAUGACACAAUCAAAUUGCGGAAUUUCGGGAAAGAAAUUACACCCGUUAAUGGAUUUGAUUUUUUCACAUUGGUAUUGCAGGAUGUUGAAAUUACAAAAGAAGGACGAAUGGUUAAUUCGGUAAAAAAGUUAAAUAAAUUAUUUUCAACUAAUGAUAAAUUUUAUAUUAAUCUAUAUCCACGAGAAAGUUUCAAAGUUAUUGAUUUUGGAAAAUCGAUGGAAACUGGAUAUCCCGGUAAGAAGCGAAGAAUUGAAAAAAAUUCAGAAUCUGAAUUCCUUUGAAUUGGUGAAUUUACGUUUUUAUUCAAUUCCUCGAUGAAGCAAAAAAAAGUAAAAAAAAAUCUAUUCUUCUUAAUUGACUUGGCCAAAAUUUAUACUCUAAAUUAUACAUGUACUCUGACGCAGUCAAUUGUAAAACAUAGAAAUGCCUCAUUUAUUCUCCACAUUUUCUAUUCCUCUAAAUGCGCUCCAAAUGGCCUGACAUAUAGUCAAUUUAUAGAAAUAACCACAUCUUCAUCACUUUUCAAAUUUCUUAUUCCUUUCAAUACGCUUUGGAAAUUUGGACGCUGCGAUUGAAAGGAAUAGACAUUUAAAAUUUAGUCUCCAAACAUUUCAUUUUUUUCUAUUCGCUUCCAAGAAGUUUGAAAAUAAAAAACUUUGCGCAUUAAGAAAAAUAAGAAGUUUGAAUUCUUUUCUAUUGACUCAUCUGUACUGGGAAUAGAAAAAAUGAGUAUUCAUUACUCAAUCUUGGAUUUUCCGACGAGUUGACUCUGAGACUCGAACCCUCGAUCAUCAUAGCACUCAACCGCACUGAGAGCGCCUUAACGCGCUCGACCAGGGGAGGCUAUGAAAAUUUUUGAGAAAAUUUCUCUUAUAACGAACAUAUUAAACAGAUACUUAUAUUAUUUUGUAAAGUCAUCAAACAGCUUUUCAGAUGUUCAUUAUUACAAAAAGUAUAUUAUAUAGUAUAUAUAUUUUUAUGAACAUUAAUAAUAUCAGUUAAUAAUUUUGUCAAUUUAAAUAGUUUUAAAUGAUUAAUUGUGUUAAUGAAUAAAAAUUACAAAAUUUUUCCAUCUUUUCAACACAAAAAUGGAAUAAGAAUUUUAAUACCUAAUUUUAAUGUGAAGUUUAUUAACUUCGACAUUUUAAUUUAGAAUGACAUGGACAUGAACUUAAAUUUCAAUCAAGUGAACUCUGCUUACAUUCCAAUUUUUUCGAAAAUAAAUUAAGUAACAAUGUUUAUAUAGCAAUAAUUGAAAAGAAUUCAGAGUUCCAAUUCUUUUAAAUGGGAGAUAUUACGUUUUCAUUCAAUUUCUCGAUGAAGCAAAAAAAAGUAGAAAAAUCAAUUCUUCUUAAUUGACUUGGCUAAAAUUUAUACUCUAAAUUAUACAUAUUCUUCUUAACAACUGACGCAGUCAAUUGUAAAACAUAGAAAUGCCUCAUUUAUUAUCCACAUAUUCUAAUCUUCUAAAUGCGCUCCAAAAUGCGAUAUUUAAAAUUUACUUUCCAAACAUUUAAUUUUUUUCUAUUCGUUUCCAAAAGUUUGAAAAUAAGAAACUUCGCGCAUUAAGAAAAAUAAGAAGCCUGAAUUCUUUUCUAUUGAGUUAUCUCUACUGUGAAUAGAAAAGAAUUCAUUUUGCUUCCUCGUGGAGGAAGCUAUGUAGUCCUUUCGUUUAUAAACUUUUUAAAAAUGGUGAAAACAAAUUUUCCUCUAUAUAGAAACAUGUUAUAUGAGAUCCUGAUCAAUUGUCCGGAUGUAUGUAUGUGUGUGUGUAUGUGUGUGUGGAUCGUUUUUGUGAACACGAUAUCUUUAACAGGUUUUAAUGGAUUUGGAUAAAAUUUGGUAGGCUUAUUUAACUCAUUAAUCUCUCAAAAAUGACGAGAGGAUUUUUAAAAAUACCCCAAAAAAAAAAUUUUAUCGUCUUUUUUCCAAAAAUUUUUUUUUAAUUGAAAAAAUUUUUAAAUCGAAAAAUUUAAGGUAAUAUAUAAUAUAAUCGUCUUCUUUAUGUCAAGAUGAAUCGAUUGAUAUAUAUAAAGUAUAGAUUUGAUUGAAAUUUAAAGAAUUAAAGAAAGUUAAAAAAUCAAAAAUUCUCAUUUUAGCUAAAAAAUGAUGUGUUUAUUUAAAUUCAUGUUUAUAUAUGAAAUAAUUUUAUUCCCUGCAUUGAAACGAAUUGGUUGGUAUAUAUAAAGUAUAGAUUUGAUUUAAAAUUUGAGAAUUAAUAAAAAUUGAAAAAUCGAAAAUUCAUAUUUUAGCUAAAAAAUUUUGUGUUUUUUUUAAAUUCAAGUUGAUGAAUAAAGUAAUUGUAUAUUCCUUGCAUUAAAACGAAUCGAUUCGUAUAUAUGUUACGGGAAAAGUCCGAAGUUGGUAAAUGUGCACAUUUACUGGUUAAUGUGCACAAUUACCAAUGCAGUUGGUAAAAGUGAGAAAUGUCUGUUUUAAAUUAAAAAUUUCGUACAUUUACCAAGUAAAUUGGUAAUUGUGCACAAUCACCAACAGAAAUUGGAAAAUGUACGAAAUGUCUAAAUUGAAUCAAAGAUUUCUCACUCGUACCAACUACCUUGGUAAAUGUAGAUAGUUUGUUUUGUUUAUAUUUCAAUUAAAUAGUAAUCAAAUGCCUAUAAAGGAAACAGAAUAAUUAGAAUAGAAUGUUUAUUCUGCUAACCUCAGUAUUUCGUUUAGUUCGCUUUCGACAGUGAAAUUGCGAGUAUAUUUUAAAUUUUGCCUGUAAAAAUGAGUGAAGAAAUUGUAAUUUCCGAAGUGAAAAAAAAAUUUUAUGAAAUUGCAACAAAGAUUAUAGAAGGGAAAAAAAUAAUUCUGUUUAUUUGUCGGAAGUAGAGUAUAAUAAGGUGUUGAAAGAAGUGUGUGAUGCGAAAUUAAAAAUAAAAAAGAAAACGAGUGCUGAUUUUCGACGUUUGCGUCGAUAUGACGUGAUAACAAUAUAAAUAAAUAAAUAAAACUUUUCCAAUUUAUUUUUUUGUAAAUGUCAAUAAUAACGAUUAAAGUUAUAAUAUAAAUAAUAGCAGACAAAAUUUUAAACCUUCAAUAUGUCCGGCACUUCUAUUUACCCCUUUUUGUGGUAACUAUCUACAUUUACCAAGGUAGUUGGUACGAGUGAGAAAUCUUUGAUUCAAUUUAGACAUUUCGUACAUUUUCCAAUUUCUGUUGGUGAUUGUGCACAAUUACCAAUUUACUUAGUAAAUGUACGAAAUUUUUAAUUUAAAACAGACAAUUCCCACUUUUACCAACUGCAUUGGUAAUUGUGCACAUUAACCAGUAAAUGUGCACAUUUACCAACUUCGGGCUUUUACCGUAACAUAUAUAAAGUUUAUGUUACACUCAAAAUUAAUUAACAUUUUCUUUAUUUUUCAAAAAAUUUAAUUAAUUUAAAACAUUUUUAAUUCGAAAGUUUUUAAAUCAAUCAAUUGAAUUGGACAAAUUCAUUGCUUCCUUCACGAGGAAGCGAAUUUUUUGCUUCACAUAAUGAGGAAGCAUAAUGUUUAUGAAAUAAACAUAAAGGACCCCCUUCUUGUUUUAUAUAUUUUGAUGUUUACUGAGGUAUUGAGUAAAAACGUAAAUUCACCCAUUCAGAAGAAUUGAAAAUGAUCAACUUAUGUUUAAUAUACAAUACAAAAUUUCAUUCUUUCUCUAUUCUUCGCUUCUUACCGGGUAGUUAAAUAAUUUCAUUCAGUACACUAUUGUUUCACUUCCAUUUUUACACACACUGAAAAAGUUCAGAUUUACAGUAAAAAUAUUUGUUUAUUCAACUUUUUUAAAAAUGUCUUUAAUUAGUCAAUAAGUAAAUAUUAACUUAUAUUCUUUUAAAAUCUUAAAAUUUAUAUUCAUUUUCUUUCGCUUCUUAUAAUAUUUUUAAAAAAAUUGAAAUAGGUAAUUAGGAAUUAUUAAUAUACUCGCCAGUUUUUUCAUUCCUUUCAAUACGCUUUUAGAAAUCUGACGCAGUCGAUUGCAAGGAAUAGAAAUAUUUAAUUCUUAUUACAAAAUUCCCAUUCCUCUGAAUACGGUCCUAAAAACUUGACUCAGGCGAUUGCGAGGCAUAGAAAUACUGAAUUUAUACCCUAAAUUUCCCAUUCCUCUGAAUAUGCUCUUAAAAACCUGACGCAGUCAAUUGCAAGGCAUAAAGAUACCUCAUUUCGACGCCUGCCGUUCAUAUAAUGCUUAUUGAAACUGCAAUGCAAUAUAAGUCUUAUUCAAAUUUUUGUGCCAUAUAAGUUUUAUUGAAAGUUCAGUGCUAUAUGAUUCUUAUUCAAGUUUCCGUGCAGUACAAUAAUUGUAUUGAAUAAGAAUUAUAUAGCACUGAACUUUCAAUAAGACUUAUAUGGCACAAAAAUUUAAAUAUGACUUAUAUUGCAAAAAAAAUUGAAUAAGACUUAUAUAGAAUAUUGCAGUUUCAAUAAGCAUUAUAUGAACGGGAGGCGUCGAUUUAAUCUAGAAAUUUUCUAUUCCGUAAAUACGCUCCUGAUGUUAUGGUACAGUCAAUUAAAAGGAAUAGACAUAUCCACUUCACUCUCCAAAUUUCUUAUUCCUUUCAAUGGGCUUCAGAAAUUUUGAUACUGUCGAUUGAAAGGAAUAGAUAUUUAAAAUUUACUCUCCAAAAAUUUAAUUUUUCUCUAUUCGCUACCAAAAAUUUGAAAAUAUGAAACUUUGCGCAUUAAGAAGAAUAAGAAGUCUGAAUUCUUUUCUACUGACUUACCUCUACUGGGAAUAGAGAAGAAUUCAUUUUUCUGAUAUUUUGAUGUUCAGUGAGGAAUUGGGUAAAAACGUAAAACAGCCUAUUCAGAAAAAUUAAAAAUUCUUAACUUCUGGUCUAUGUAUACAAACUUUCAAUUUUUCUCUAUUCCUCGCAUCUUACCGGGAACCUAUUGUUCAAGGAGAAUUGGUAAUUGAUAAUAUUCCGUCAACUUCAAAACAAUCUGGACAACUUACUUCGCAAGGAACUUCUCAGUAAAAAAAAAUUAGGAGUAAGCGAAAAGAAUUGGUGGUAACUUAAGCUGUAUUCGGUUUGGCGAAAAAACUGAAUUGGAACGUUACGGUGAAUUAUUUUUUUCUUACCAUGAAUUCUUUUCUUUUGAACAUUUGAAUUGACGUUUGUUUAUUCGAGUUUACAUUAUAAAUGAAAAGAAUAAAUGUUUCGAAGUCUAAAAAAUCCGAUUUGGAAUAAGAAGUAUAUAAUUUUUUAAAAAGAAAUAAAAGUACCUUUGUUAAGGGUUUGGAGAAUUUAAAAGAAAAAGUGUUUUAUUUUAAUGAUCUUACUUUUUUGACAGAUAUUGCAUCCAAAAAAUUGUCAAAUUUUGCCUUAGAGAACAAAGUACGUUUUCACAUAACGAUGAAUUCUCAAUUUCGAUUUAUUGAUCUUUCUGAAUUUCAGCAUACUUUGAAAAACCAAUAAAUUUUAUUUCCGGAAAUUGAGUUUACUGUGGAGAAUACUUAUUACAUUAAAAGAGAGCCUAUUUUACAAAUAGAUCAAAAAUAGUUCAAAAACCAAUUAAGAAAGAGAAAUGGAUUAAAAUUAGAGAAGAAAAUUCAAAGUUACUUGACAAUCUAGAAAAAUAUCAAUUAAAAAGGUGCACAGAUAUUAAAGAUGCUGCAUACUCCAAAUCCACUAGAAUACCUUUACAUAGAUUGAGAGAUUCGAAAAAAUGUUAAAAGAAUAUAUAUUAAGAUUAGGUUCCAGUGAAUAUACACUGUCUUAUAAAUCAUUGGCAGAAGAUAUGUUUUCAGGAAACUCAAUUGAUAAAAUUUAUGGAAGCCUUAAUAUAAAAAAUAACAUUUUGAUUGAUGAUGUGAUGUUUGAAUACUCUUUGUAUGAAGUUAAAAAUUUAGAAUCUGCAGAGAGAACUGUUGAGAAAAUAAUUUGUAAUAUUUAUAUACAGGAGAUUGCAUUAAAAUUAUUGAAAAUAUUUAAAAAUUAAUCUGAAGUCUUGUAUCUAUUUGACUGAAUGCUUGAGUAUAUCUCUAAUUGAAUGCAACAAGGCCCGAAACAAUAAAUGAUUAUUGUUGACUUAUAGAUAAAAAAUAUUCUAUUCAUUUAAUGUUUUCAUCAUCGAUUAACGUCAGAGAAUAUUAAAUUUCUUUUAAUAUUUAUUUUAUUCGGAAAAACUGAUAUAGAAUUCAGGGUGUCGAUUAUGUAAUUUGAUUUGACGUCAAAGUCAAAUUUAAUUCAACAAAUUCAUUGUUUUAUUUAACUUAGACGUUAAAUUAAAAUUUAAUUUUUUAUUUCAAUUUAACGUCGCAUUCAAAUUUAUUUUUUUAUAGCAAUUUGACGUAUUGCAAUCAAAAAAUAAAUUUGACGUCAAAGUCAAAUCAAAUUAUAUAAUCGACUCCCAGUAAAAAUACAGAAUUACACUCGAUUAAAAUGAUUCAUUUUAUUAAUAAUAUACCAUCAGACGUUUCGACAUCAACGUUAAUGUCCUUUUCAGUGUAGAUAAUUAAAUAAUUUGUUGAAAUAAAAAUUCGUUAACAUGUACUCUGACUUGAUUCGGCGAGAUGAUUCUUUGGCACAAAAAUAAUUAUCAUUAUAAGAGCAUAUAAAAAAUAAUAAUCUGACUAAUAGUUAUGUAUAUUUUAUAUAUUUAUUGUAAAUUAUAUAUUUCUCAUAAUACAUAAAUUAACAUAAGUUGUAUUAUUAAUAUUGUUUAAUAAACAUUCUAUUAUAGUAUA